UUUAGCGGAUCUCACCUGUCUCAUAAAGUGAAACCACGUGUAAUCCUACCAGAGACGCUAUUUAGGAGGAUUCGAAAUCGAACCAAAGUCUUCACUUGUCACGGCCUAAAAUCGAGUCUAGUGUCAUCUAGGGUGAAGAGAACCAGAAGAACAGCCUCUGAAAUGAGUGUGCAUGAGAAGACAGAGGAGGAGGCUCCUGUUGGAUCUCCAGGAUUCAGCAGUGUGUCUAUGAAGAGCAACAACUCCAUGCAUCUGCCCCCUUAUCUCAGUGAUGGACCUGCUGUGACCUCUGACCCUGUAAAGGUAUUGAAGGAGGCUCCUGCUGACACUGGUCUCAGUGAUGGACCUGCUGUAACCUCUGGCCCUGUUGGUGGGAGACCUGAGCAGAGCAGAUAUGUGUCCUGUCAGACCUUUACAUCUUCCUGCUGUCAGGACCACAUCAGUCAUCAUGACACAGAAGCGAAUCUGCAGCUCGAUUCUCACCAUCCAGUUCAUGAUGAUCUUCAUAGAGUCAAAGACCAGCAUAAAACCAGCAUGAGGAACAAGUAUGAAUGCUUAUUUGAGGGAAUCAAACUACAAGAGAAUCAAACCCUCCUGAACUGGAUUUACACACAGCUGUACAUCAUAGAGGGAGAGAGUGAAGGAGUGAAUGAAGAACAUGAGGUGCUACAGAUGGAGAAAAGUUACAAGACACUCCAAGACACUCCAAUCAACUGCAAUGACAUCUUUAACCCUUUACCUGAACCAGGAUAUGAGGAGUUGAGAAGAGAGAAGAAAGACAAAAUAAAGACUGUUCUUACUAAAGGCAUCGCUGGAAUUGGAAAAACUGUCUCUGUGCAGAAGUUCAUUCUGGACUGGGCCGAGGGAAAAGCCAAUCAGGAUCUAGAUUUCAUGUUUGUGCUUCCAUAUCGAGAGCUGAACUUGAUUAAAGAUCAUAAGUACAGUCUGCACAGACUUCUGCUUGAUUUUCAUCCUGAACUUAAAGAUCUAGACUCAAAGAUUUAUGAUGAAUGUAAAGUUGUGUUCAUAUUUGAUGGUCUGGAUGAAAGCAGAAUUUCACUGAUGUUUUCAGAUGGUCAGACAGUUUCUGAUGUGACUGAGAUUUCAUCAGUGGGUGUGUUGAUGUCAAACCUCAUGAAAGGAGAUCUGCUUCCCUCUGCUCUCAUCUGGAUCACCACCAGACCAGCAGCAGCCAAUCAGAUCCCCUCUAAAUACAUCAACCGUGUGACAGAAAUUCAGGGAUUCAAUGACCCUCAGAAGAAGGAAUAUUUCAGGAAGAGAAUCAGUGAUGAGCAUCAAGCCAGCAGAAUCAUCUCACACAUCAGAAGAGCAAGAAGCCUCCACAUCAUGUGUCACAUACCCGUCUUCUGCUGGAUCUCAGCCACUGUGCUUCAAAACAUCCUGAAACAAGAUCUCAGUGCAGAAAUCCCUCAAACUCUGACUGAAAUGUACAUCUACUUCCUUCUCAUUCAAACAAAUGUGAAGAACCAGAAGUAUGAAGAGAGAAAUUCAGAGGAACUCCUGCAGUGCAACAGAGAAGUGAUUGUGAAACUUGCUGAACUGGCUUUCAAUCAGCUGAUGAAAGGUAAUGUGAUGUUCUAUGAGGAGGACCUGAAGGCGAGCGGCAUAGACGUUACUGAUGCCUCAGUGUAUUCUGGGAUUUGCACUGAGAUCUUCAGGGAGGAAUCUGUGAUUUAUCAGAGGAAAGUUUACAGUUUUGUACAUCUGAGCUUUCAGGAGUUUUUUGCAGCACUGUAUGUGUUUUACUGCUAUGUACACAAGAACGGUGAGAUUCUAAAAAUGUUCCUGACAGGAAGAUCCAGAACUCAAUGUGAGACUGUUCCUCUGAAUACGUUUCUAAAGGGAGCAAUGACUAAAGCUUUAAAGAGUAAAAAUGGACACCUGGAUCUUUUCCUUGGAUUUCUUCACGGCGUCUCACUGGAGUCCAAUCAGAGACUCUUACAGGAUGUACUGAUACACACAGAGAACAACCCAGAGAUCAUUAAGAAAAUAAUCCAAAACCUUAAACAGGGUCAAAAAGACGAUGUCAGUCCUGAGAGAUGGAUGAAUUUGUCACACUGCUUGACUGAAAUGAAGGAUAAUUCUGUUGUUAAAGAAAUGCAGGCAUUUUUAAACUCCAAAACAAGCAAAGGAAAUCUUUCUCUUGCUCAAUGCUCAGCUUUAGCAAACAUGAUCUUGAUGUCAGAGGACGUGCUGGAUGAGUUUGACCUUAGACAGUACAACAUCAAAUCAAAUGAUGGCAGAUGGAGACUGUUACCUGCUGUGAGGAAGUGCAGAAAAGCUUCACCCUCAUCUAACGCAGCUGUUUUCAGUUUGGCAGGCUGUAAUCUCACUGACCACCACUGUGAAAUUGUGGCUUCUGCUCUACAAUCAUCAAACUCACCCCUGAGAGAGCUGGACCUGAGUAACAAUAACCUGCAGGAUUCAGGAGGGAAACUGCUCGCUGCUGGACUGAAGAGUCCAAACUGUCAACUCAACAUACUGAGAUUAUCUGUCUGUUUGGUGAAAGAGGAAGGUUGUGCUGCUCUGGCAUCAGCUCUGAGUUCAAACCUUUCACACCUGAGAGAGCUUGAUCUGAGUUACAAUCAUCUGCAGGAUUCAGGAGGGAAACUGCUCGCUGCUGGACUGAAAAAUCCACACUGUCAACUCAACAUACUGAGAUUAUCUGGCUGUUUUGUGAAAGAGGAAGGUUGUGCUGCUCUGGCAUCAGCUCUGAGUUCAAACCUUUCACACCUGAGAGAGCUGGACCUGAGUAACAAUGACCUGUGGGAUUCAGGAGUGAAACUGCUCUCUGCUGGACUGAAGAAUCCAAAUCAUCUCAACAUACUGAG